AGAGAGAAAAGUAAACAAUAAAUAAAGGGUUGAGAAUCUCUCUCCUAUUGCCAAGUUCUUAGAUUUGCGACACGGCAAAAUCCUCUCACUAUAAAAACCUAAAUAAUUGGUUUUCUAUUUGUGGACAGAUCAGCUAUGGCUUCUUCUAAAGACCGUCAGAAUUUCGUCUACGUCGCGAAGCUCGCUGAACAGGCUGAGCGCUACGAUGAGAUGGUGGAUGCGAUGAAGAAUGUGGCAAAGCUUGAUGUUGAACUGACAGUGGAAGAGCGGAACUUGCUGUCUGUUGGGUACAAGAAUGUGAUUGGUGCUCGGAGAGCUUCAUGGAGGAUUCUUUCCUCUAUAGAGCAAAAGGAAGAAGCUAAAGGGAAUGAGGUAAACGCAAAGCGGAUCAAGGAGUAUAGGCACAAGGUUGAAUCUGAACUUUCAAGCAUCUGUAAUGAUAUAAUGACAGUGAUUAAUGAACAUCUCAUCCCUUCUGCAUCUGCGGGUGAAUCAACUGUCUUCUUCUAUAAGAUGAAAGGAGAUUAUUAUCGGUAUCUUGCUGAAUUCAAAGCUGGUAAUGAGAAAAAAGAGGCUGCUGAUCAUUCUAUGAAAGCAUAUGAGACAGCUACCACUACUGCAGAGGCUGAGUUGCCUACUACACAUCCCAUCCGACUGGGUUUAGCCUUGAAUUUCUCAGUCUUCUAUUAUGAGAUUAUGAAUUCACCUGAGAGGGCCUGCCACCUUGCCAAGCAAGCUUUUGAUGAAGCUAUCGCAGAGCUUGACACACUGAAUGAGGAGUCUUAUAAAGACAGCACCUUAAUUAUGCAGCUUCUCAGGGACAACCUUACCCUUUGGACUUCUGACAUCCCUGAGGAUGGAGAAGAUGCCCAGAGGGUCAAUGGAACAGCCAAAGUUGGUGGGGCAGAUGAGGCAGAGUGAAACAACAGCUUGUAAUAUUACAUGUGCUCGUGGGAACUUCUGUCUUGGGACUUCAUGAGUUUGGGCAAAUUGAACUGGUAUUUGAUAGCCUAUGUUAGAUUAAAUAUAUACCAUUGAUUAUUCACUGUUUUUCUUUCUUCCUCUUGAAGUGCCGAGUUAUGGUGUGGUUUAUUAUAGCAUGAUGUUUAGACGUGGUUGGUCCAAUUUGUAGUCCACAGCUUUUCCUUAAAACCAGGGUGGAUCGUGGGCAGUAGGAUUGCUCUGGUCUGAUUGUCUUUUUUGUGUGUGUGUAAAUGUUACAAAAUAGACGGAGGAAAUCUGCUGUUUGGUUUCCUAAUUGCUUUAAACGACAUUCAGCUUUACGGUUCCAUGAUUGCCAUUGCUAGUAUAAAUUCUGUUUGUCUUGUGUUGUGGACAA